AUUUAACCAAACGAAAUUUUUAUUGUCUCAGUUUAUAUUUAUAUUUUUCAAAUGUACUAUAUUUGUGCAAUUUGACAAGUUUGAUUUUCGCGCGAAAUCCUCAUUGACGCCCGCGCAACGGCGUAACGCCGCAAAAAACAUGGCGGUCAUCCAGUUGAAUAUAUAUGAUUUUUCUCGCUGAGAGGGAUGAUGGCAUUUUUUUAGUGUCAAUUUAGCGUUUGUUUAUAUUAUUAUUUUUAGUUUAAAUAUGUCCCCAACAUAUUUACUUUCUUACUCGAGUAAUUGUCUUUCUAAGACGAAAAAAAGAUUUCUUUUUAUAAAAGUAAAUCGAUGAUGAUUACUUCGCAACUGUAAGAGGUCAAUGAAGUAUUAAGAAGAACGUGUCACUAUCACAAAAUGGCUUUAACAGAUGAUUCUAAAUCGUUUUGCCUUGUUUGCAAUUCAAACAUUGACUACCGCACAAAUAUUUUCUACGUUACACUCCCUCACACUGGGGAAACUUUGGCCAAUUUCAUACAAAAAAUACUUAAACUAUCGUCCUCCGACUUGCGCAGCUCUUACAUAUGUUUACAAUGCCACAAUCUGUUUGGUAUGCUUGAACAAGCACAACAAAAAGUUACCAAUAUCCAGGAAGAAAUUUUUAAGGUUUUUAAUCCUAAUGUCAAUAACAAGGCAAUAAGUGAUAAUUCCUUAGAAUAUGAGAAAAUCAAGAAUUACCCUGAAAGCGAAGGAAUGAAUCAAAAUAAAGAAUCCAAAGUAUUAGUUGCUGAGCAUCUGUUAAAAAAAGACUUCAGCUCAUUAAGCAGCAUUACAAAUCAAACUGUAACUGACACCGUGAUACCUGUCAAAGUAGAAACCAAAAGUAUCCUUGAAUCUCAUAUGAUAAGUCCUAGAAGAAUUUCCAAUGAAGUUGUACAAAAUAUUACAACUGAAUCAGCUAGUUUGAUAGAUGAUAUUCCUAUAUUUUCUGAUGAAAUUAUUCAAAAUAAUGUUGAAGACCAAAGUAAAGGAGAAUGCCAAAGUAUGGGGGAUGCUACCAAUUUACAGAACACUACCAUUAUCAAUACCAAUAUCAAUAACAGUACAAAUUCCUCACACCUGCCAGAAAGUCUUCCACUAAAAACAAAGGCAUGGAAAUCAAGUGUGAUAUCCAAUUCUAGCCAGAAACCACUAAAGCACACCUGUCCUAUGUGCAACAAGAAAUGGCGUACCUCCAGUGAGCUGAAGACGCAUGUAAAUUCACACUCGAACCAACGUCCUUAUAUGUGUGAAAAAUGUGGUAAAGCUUACAAGCACAAAAAUGCCUUAGAGAUUCACGUGGGUAUGCACAAUGGUGUGAGUCCCUUUAAAUGCAGUCACUGUGACAAAUGCUUUACACAAAAAGGAGCACUGCAGAGACACAUGCCCAUACACACAGGCGAGACUCCGUAUCAAUGCGAGUUGUGUGGAAAGAGAUUCGUACAUCAUACCAGUUACAAUAUGCAUGUACUUUCUCAUACUGGAAUAAAGUCUCACAAGUGUCAUGUAUGCGAUCUUUCGUUGCUGUCGACGUCGCAUUUGAAAAGGCAUAUGCGGGCACACACGGGAGAAAAACCAUACUCUUGUGAAUUUUGUGACAAGAGUUUUGCAGAGCGUUACAAUUUGUUAGCACACAAAAAGAUCCACGAUCCGGAGCAAAUUAUUGCCAAGGAAACAAAGAAAAAUCAGUACAAAUGCGAGCAGUGCGACGUUAACUUUCCCAAGAAGCAAACGUACGAUGAGCAUCUCAAAAAGCACGAGACAAACGGAAAAAAUGACAAAUGGCUGGGACACACCGUAGACGUUGUCGAUUCAAAAUCGACAAACGAAGGCUACGCUGCUGCCGUGAACGCAGUCGAUUUACUGGAGACCUGUGUUAACGAGGUAUGGCAGAGCCUAACUAAAGACUGAAAGUAAAUAAUACUAAUGAGUAAUGAUGAUUUUUUGCAAAACAUUUUAAUAUUUAUUAUUGCGAUCUUACUAAGUAACAAUCAAAUAAUAGAGAUUAUCAGUUAGAAUCCAAGCACUUGAAAUUGUUAUACUCAAAUGGCUCGUGAAAAAGUAGUUUUAUAAGAAUUUUUUACGGAAAUAAUGUAUUUUAUACUGUAAAAAUAAUAACGAACAAUAAUCGUUAACUAACGCCAUUGAUUGCCUUAUUGUAAGGAUCUACGGUUUUCUUUUUACAUAUAAUCGCACUUUGGCUUUUUAUAUUUUUUACAAAGAGAUAUAUCUUCUCAAUGAUGUGUAUACCUAAUAUAUUUGUAUAAGACAGGAAAUAUGAUUCCUAAGCAGUUUUUAUAUAUCAACAGUGUGAUACAAAAUAAACUAUCUCAAAUAUAAAUAUACAGCUGUUUAAACUGUAUUUAGCUCUUGA